GGGGACCCGGGACCCGCAGCAGCUGCGCGCCCCGCCCCGCGGGCUCCUCCCCGCCGCCGCGGCCCCCAGGCUGCUGCCCCGAUGCGCUGCGCCCGGAGCCCGGGCCGAGUCGCCGCUGCAGCUGUUGGGGCGCCCGGGCCGGGUGACGCCACCGCCGCCCGCGCCCCUUCCAGACCCCGCUGUCCGCAUGGAUCCCCCGGAGGGCGCUGGUCCCGGAGAGAUCAUUAAGGAGGUGGAGGCGCCACAGGCUGCCCUGGGUGUCCCAGCUCAUGGGACAGAGGACAGCUGCCAUACACCUGUGGCCGAGGAGGAGGUGGGCAUCCCAAUACCAGCACCAGGGCUCCUGCAGGUCACGGAGAGGAGGCAGCCCCUGAGCAGCGUCUCCUCUCUGGAGGUCCAUUUUGACCUCUUGGACCUCACUGAACUAACAGACAUGUCAGACCAGGAGCUGGCCGAGGUCUUUGCCGACUCUGACGACGAGAACCAGACCAGUGAAUCCCCGGCAGGUGAGGCUAUGGCAGGUCUGCACCCACUGCCUAGGGCUGGCUGCCUGCGUUCCCCCUCUUGGACGAAGACAAGGGCUGAGCAGAACCGUGAGAAGCAGCCCCUCAGUGACCCAGAGCGACAGGCUGCCAUUGUGGACACGUUUCUCACCGUGGAGGGACCCAAGGAGGACUAGCCAUCUCCAUCAGCUCCAGAGACACCACAGGCCUGACGCUGGACCACCACCGGGAUGGCAAAGCAAGACACUCCAGACCCAGGACACUCUCCGCCCCUCCACCCCGCCCCACAAGCCUUCUGACAUCAGGUCAGGGUAGGGUUGCCAGGGCAGGCCUCAGGUCACCCCAGCACAAGCACAGCCCAGUGGCCUUAUAUCCAGCUGGUUUCCGGGCCCUGGAACAGGGGCCAUACCACCUGGAGUCACUGCUUGAGGAUGAAGCAAGGAAUGAACAAUGGUGGCUUAGGCCUUCUGAAAACUUCCGUCUGUAGCAGCAAUGCUCUUGUCUAUAACAAGAUUCCCCAGCAGGCUUGGGUGAGGGGGACCCAAGUCUAUGAAAGCCACUCCAAGACCCCCUGGGGUCUCCGAUCUCAGCAUCUCUUCAUGCCACCAAGCUUGGAAGCCACAGGUGGUUUGGCAGUGGCUCCCGGGGCACUAUGCCCCCGCAGGCCAAGCACUGGGGGGCUCAGUCCAAAAACUUUCACCCUGAUUUCAACCUUGUUCCCUCCAUCUGCCCAAGGGAGGCACUGUUGGUACCAGGUCCCCUUCCCCAGGCCCCCCUCUACGACUUGUGCCUGCUUCUCUUGGUCCCUGGGUGUGAAAGCCCAAGGCUGAGGGCCUGGCCCAUCUCCUCCCUAGCUCAGAACACCAAAUAUUGCCAGACUGCCUCAGAACUCAGCAACACCUCCCAGACCAACACCUCCCAACACCUCCCACAUCUAUUACAAGGGCACCUACUUGUGUCUGUUUUCCACAUCCCACUGCCCGGCCCCACCACAGCCUAUCAAACACAUUCUAGGACUCUGUGACCCUGGGGCCUGUAUCCUGGGAACAGUCCAAGGAGGGGCAGGGAGGCAGGGCCAACAGGUCUACCCUCUCUGCUGUGGGGAUGUCAGAGGCACCCAGCUCAGCUGCUCCCAAAAUUCCUUUUUAUGUGCUAAGGGACACAGAAUAGGCUUCUGGUCUGAAUGUGAAUCAAAGACUGGUUUUGAAAAAAAAAAAAAGUUGAAGCGUACUUUUUGUCCCCCA